GAUAUCAGUGUUAUAAUGCUGGAACGGCUGACGUUUGGAAAGUCCAGCGACAAAAAACCUAGGCUUAAUCUACUACUAUGGUUGUUCACUACUGUUUUUUUAAUUUCGCUUCUGCUACACACCCAGGAGAGUUAGGGUUGGGUUUAGAAGGAGGUUUGGGUUUUGAAGAACUAUGCUUCUGACGGGAUACAUUUGGGAACGCAACUUCUUCAGUUCAGAACGGUGACUGACUGUGAUCAAAGAUAUGGUGUAUCAUGAAUAAGAAGAUAUGAAACAUUUCCUGCGAUCUAUCUUUUUUAUAUCACUGUCUUCCUAUGUCAUCGGCACCCUCCUAGCUCCAGUCAAUGUGUACGUAAAGUCCAAGAACUUCAGCCAUGUUCUACACUGGAGCCCAGGUCCAGGCACACCGCCCGGGACCACCUACAAGAUCUACUUCAGGAAUGACAAUGGGAAGUUUGUUCUCAAACAUGAAACCAUCUUGACAAGUCAAUCACUGACACUGAAUCCCAAACAAAAGUACGCCAUCAGGGUUCAGGCCUCCCACAACGGCUCAGUGUCGGCCCUGGUUAAUACUUCCUUCAGCCCCUACGCAGAAACCGUUGUCGAUUCUCCAACAAUUUCUUUGGUUGGAUGUGGUAACUGCCUGGGAUUAAACAUCACACUGGACGAGUCUGUUAAAAAGGUGUUUCAAACCCUGAUAUCUUUUGAUGUCUUCUGGAAGAGAGCUGGAGAGACAAAGGCCAAAAAGAUCGAGGAGAGAAAUUACAGUUUCAAGUUGGAUAACCUGAAGGUCGGCGUAGAGUACUGUGUGAAUGUGCACAUGAAGAUUUCCAUCAACCACAACACACGGCCAUCUGGUUGGCAGUGUGCUUACACCAGUGUUCUGGAGCCCGAUAGAGUCCCUGGCUCUGUAGCUGUGGCUGCUGUCCUUUUCAUUGUGGGUGGGGUCGGUGUGAUAUUUUUCACGUCUGGCCUGAUAUACACAGGAUUCCUGUGUAAGCCGAAGAUUCCUCUGCUUAUAGCACAGGAUGCCAUGGUGCCCAGUCACUACUACUUCACCCCAGAGAGGAUCACCACUAACCGGAUAACUAUAUUAUCAGCGACAGUGGAAAGAGAGAAGGCACACAGACCAAACACUAACCACAACAGAGAGAACCCGAACCUCAUGGCUAAUGGGGAGGAAGAGGAGGAGGAGGAGGAGGAGGAGGAGGAGGAGGGAGGAAUCUGUGGCUACAUGGACCACGCCACAGGCCUCUCUUCUGAUGGCAGCUCCAACACCACACUGUCACAAUGUGAACCAGGGGCCGGCAAGUUAGUGCAUUCUGGGGGAUUUAGUUUUAAGGUAGCCGUUGAGGAGGAAGAGGAGGCUCCUGAGUUGUUUGGAGGUCUGGCUCAGGGAGAGGCCAAAGGUGAAAAUUCAGUGGUAAUUUCCAGCCUUGACAACGACGAGCAAGACAAAGAGGAGGAGGAAGAGGAGACAUCUGGGAACAUCAAUCUGUUCUCUGUGACCCUGGGGGCAUUUAAAAAGAAUAAUGAGGAGGAGGAGGAAGAAGAUGAGGAAGAGAGUGACACAGCUAUUAUAUUUGACUUUUCUAAACAGGAGCAGAAGCCACUUCUUUCCAUAGACCCAUUACAGGGAUCGUCCCAGCUAGGCAGCAAAGGAUCACUGAGGGAUUUCCUGAAAAGCACAGAUCUAGGACUGAUCCCGCCAAAGAUGGACAGCACAGAGACACAUUCCGGAUAUACAGACCGACAUGCUGACAGAACCACCGAAACACAAUCUGGAUAUACAGACCGACAUGCUGACAGAACCACAGAGACACAAUCUGGAUAUACAGACCGACAUGCUGACAGAACCACAGAGACACAAUCUGGAUAUACAGACCGACAUGCUGACAGAACCACAGAGACACAAUCUGGAUAUACAGACAGACAUGCUGACAGAACCACAGAGACACAAUCUGGAUAUACAGACCGACAUGCUGACAGAACCACAGAGACACAAUCUGGAUAUACAGACAGACAUGCUGACAGAACCACAGAGACACACUCUGGAUAUACAGACAGACAUGCUGACAGAACCACAGAGACACAAUCUGGAUAUACAGACCGACAUGCUGACAGAACCACAGAGACACAAUCUGGAUAUACAGACAGACAUGCUGACAGAACCACAGAGACACACUCUGGAUAUACAGACAGACAUGCUGACAGAACCACAGAGACACACUCUGGAUAUACAGACAGACAUGCUGACAGCAGUACACAGACGCACUCUAAAUUUACUGACAGCAGCACAUGAGACACAUUUUGGACAUACAGGGUGCGAGCAGCACAGAGACAAUCUCUGGAUAUGCAGAUAUGCUGCGAGCAGCACAGCGACACAUUCUGGUGAAGGUACUGAACAAUGUCAAUUCUAUGUUUGUUUACUUAUUCAAUGAUUCUUCAUUAUUUUGCGUAGACAUUUAUACCUGUGUACUUAAUUUCUGUACUAGUAGGCUAUCAAUGCAAUGUUAUGGUUAACAUAUGUUUAUGUAACGUGUGAAUGCAGGGACAAAAGGGUUGCUUUUAACUGCCUAGCUUGCUUGAUGCUGGAGAUAACACCACUCUGUCAUAUGAGAUGGCCUCAGGAACAGAUUGGAAUGUGUCCCUAACCAAUAAGGGGUAAAUCCCGCAGGACUAGUAUUGGCAUCUUCAUGUUAGCUAACCAACCCCCACAACUUCAGGGUUGGGAUAUAAACCAGAGUGGGGUUUGGGAGAGCUCCCUCUUACAUUUUCCACACUUCUGCAUGCAUCUUUGCUCUUGCAACUUCUUAAAUUCAGAAGAGUUUUCUGGGUACAUUGGACAUUGUUGUUAGAGUGCAUACAUGUAAAUAGACAAUGUAUAUACGUUAUAUGUAUAUAAACUGCCGUUCAAAAGUUUGUGGUCACUUUACAGAACAACGCAAACUGGCUCUAAUCAGAAUAGAAAGAGGAGUG